UUUACCAAACACCCCCAAAAGGAGUAUCAUUUAUCACCAUUUUUAAAGAAAGAAAAAAAAAAAAAAGAGUGUGAUGAACAGACAGGCGCAGUGAGAGAGGAGCACACGGCAACGACGAGAAAAUGACGGUGGCGCUGCUGCGUUGCACAGUUUCUCCUCUCACUUUUCAGGUAAAAUUAUUUAAUGCGUCUCCAUUUCAACCUCAAACAUUUAAAUUGACUCGUAAUUCCCAUUGGAAGAAUAUCUCUUACAAUUAUUCAACAAGAAAAGUUGUUGCACAAUUUGAGUUACCGGACAAGUCAAAGAUGCAAAUGAAAGUUGUCAAGGAGCAAUUAUGGAAAUCUCUGCCUGAUUCAGUGAAGGAAUUUCCAUGGAAGAAAGCUGAACACCAAGUACUGCAUCGGUUGCUGUUUCUUGGCCUGGAAGCAUUUAAAUGGUCUUUCAUGGCUUGGUUUUUCUUGAGCUUUGUGUCAGAUAUUGUAGUUACUAUAUCUAGGAAUCAGGAACUAGUGAUGCCUUUGGGUCUUUUUGCUGGUUGCUUGCUGUCUGAUUUCAUGAAAGAAACACUUGAAGAAAUGUUUCAACAGCAAGAGAUGAAAGGAAUAAACUUAAAAUUUCUGGGGAUCGCUUGUGCAUUUGUAGUCCUAAAGUUAAUCUCUACAAAUUUUGCUAGUAGGCCCUGGAUCUUCUUUUUACAUGUAGCAAAUGGCGGCUUGAUGCAGAUUUUGUGGCUAUGGAAAACAUUUCGGGGAGAAAAUGUAAAAGCUCAAUGAUAAUACCUGGAGACCGAAAAUACCUUGUAAUGGAGAGAGCUAUAUGAACAUAAGCUUGAUAUUGUGUAUUUCUAUUAGUUCCUAAAGGCUUUUCUUCAUUUUGUUUUGCCAUUGUAAGUGUCUAAGCUUUCCUUCCUUCCAGUGUAUUGGUUUAAUAUGCUCAUAUUUCUUUUUCAUGUCUAUCAA